AUGACACAUUUUACUGAUCUCAACAGAACAAAGUGCUAUAACCGGUUUAGGGAGAAUCUCACAAUAUUCGUUGAUAAUUGUGAUACAAUUGUUCUAAACUGCACUUGUUUUUCUGAAGACAAGAGUGCAUGGAGUGGUCCAAGUGGAUUACAGGUUAUGGUGAAUGAUACUACACUUACUGGCUAUGCAAAUGGCCUAGAAAUUAAUCCCAACUUACCAAUAACAAAUGUCGUUAUAUAUGGUAAUUAUACUAUAGGAAUGUGUCAUCUGAAAAUAUCAAACUUUUCGACAGCCAACAAUGGUAUUUAUGAGUGCAGUUAUAUCCAUUCUGAUAUCUUACAUAUUCAAAGAUUCAACGUAUUUAGUAAGAAACCACCGACAAAUUUGAAAAUAGUGAAAACUUCAGGAAAUAAUAUCAUAUAUGGGAAAGAGGGAGUUCGAAUAGAGUUAAAAUGUACUGUAAAAAAUGGUAUACCAGCAGCAACAUUGAUUUGGAGUAAAGAGGAUCUGACUGUUUCAAAUGGAAGUAGUGACACUCUGCUGUAUCAAUUUACUCCAACUAGAUUCGAUCAUAUGCAAAACAUCACAUGUUACAUCAAUAGCGAUUUGUUGACAUCUCCAUUGUCUGAGACAAUCAAGUUAGAUAUACAAUAUAGACCUCACUUGACAAUAAUUCGAAGCAGAUACGGAUCAAUAAUUGAAGGUGAAUCAGUGAAGUUGUGCUGCUUUUCAAAUAGUAAUCCACUAGUACAAUACUUGGCAUGGUAUCAGAACAAUUAUGAAGUAUUUUCUUGGAAACAAAGUCCCAAAUCUGAAGGACUCAAUAAAGAUCUCUGCCUUCCGAUUUAUACAGUAUAUAGAAACCAUACUGGAAAUUACACGUGUUUCGCAGAAAAUAGCAUUGCAAAAUCGAAUUCCAUAAUAGCUAUCAAUGUUUUAUAUCCACCAGAUGUUAAAGUAACCUAUACAAUUUCAGAACAAAGCAUAAUACUUCAUUGCAUUCCAAACGGUAAUCCAGAAAAUUACAUUUUUUAUGAUUGGCAACACAAAUCAGAAUUCAAUGAACACAUUCGUUAUAUUCAUGGAACACCAGAAGGUCAACUUAUCAUACAAACACAUCAGAGCAGGAAAACAAAUGAAGUCGAUGGUAUUUACGUUUGUAAUGUAUCUAAUGGUGUAUCUAAUCGAAAAGGACAAUUUAACCAAGAAGGUCAAACUUUGAUAAAAUCUCAUGCAUCACCAGUCUUUGUUUCAGAGAAUAAACCAAUUCAAGUUGGAACAUUUGGAAGUGGAGUAGAAAUAAAAGUUACAAUUUAUGAUAAGCUCUAUAAUAGCACAGUUUUUAUUAGAAACAAUGGUACAACACUUGAGGUUAAACCAACAAUAGAAAAUAUAACCACACAUGACACAUUGUAUGGGGUCAAUGUUAGAGUCACAGGAAUACAAUAUAUUUUUCAACUGUAUUUGACAUCAACAAAUAAUUUUACGAACUACACAGUGGAAGCAUGCAACGAUGUUGGGUGUAAUUAUUUUUAUGUAAAAGUAAUAUCGCCAGAUUUCAACAAUAAGCCUCAGAAGUAUUGUAAUUCUGGAUGGAAGAUUAUGGGUAUCUUGUUCGGAGGAAUUCUCAUAAUAAGCAUAUGUUUGAAUAUUUAUUGCUUGUUAAAACGUAAGAGUCUAUCAAGAAUGGUACCGGAAAUUCCACAUGAAAUGCAAUACGAUGAAAUUGGAAACAUUAAUGAUAACCAGGCGAGUAUUCUAGCUUUGUCAAACAGUGUACAUCAAGCGGUAACAAGUGUUGAUGGACCAUAUGUUGAAGAAGCAGACUCUCAUUUGACGCCUUUGGAACAUAACGACUCUUCAGACAACUCCGUACAAAGUCUGUCAACAUCACUGCUGUGUUGGGACGGAUAUGAACAUCCUUAUCAGUCGAUUGAUCCUGCUGAUAUAGAAAUACAUCCAUACCGUACCAUAGGAUCAUAUUUAUAUCAAAAUACAACAAUUUUUCCAAGGCGGAGAAGUUCUAGGAAUCCAAAUCCUUUCAUUCCAAAUGAAGAAAAAAGAGUUCCAUGGCUUGUCAUAUACAAGAAAACAUGUGUAAAUGCAUGGACUUAAAACGU